GAUCAAUCUGAGAUGACCUGGUAGGUUGCUCAUCUAGUUCGUAGGAAGAGUAUAUGGACUACAGAGGACGGUCGUCUUCAAGACAUGUUUACCAACGACGUUUUCACGGAGCCAAUUCAUGGCUACCUGAGACUUUCGGCUACAACGCUUGCUUUGAAGAUUCGCCGGUUAGAAGUCGGCGUGGAAGAACUGAUGCAAGUGUUUAUUGACAGAAUAAAUGUUGUUAAUGCUCGUAUCAAUGCCGUAGUAGUCGAUCGCUUCUCUGAAGCCUUACAAGAAGCCAAGGAAAUGGAUGAAAUGCUUCUUGAAAUGAGUGAAGAAGAGAGAAAUGAACUAGAGGGGUCCAAGCCCUUUCUGGGCAUACCAUUCACGGCCAAAGAAGCUUUUGCAGUUACUGGGCUACCUAAUAGUGGUGGUCUUGUGGCUCGUAAAGAUUAUAUCGCCCAGGAAGAUGCUGUUGUGGUUCACCGAUUACGCCAAGCUGGAGCCAUACCGCUGGCUUUGACCAACUGUAGUGAGUUGUGCAUGUGGUGGGAGUCCGCUAACAGGGUCUAUGGUAGGACAUGUAACCCGUUUGACAUCACCAAGAUCGUGGGUGGAAGCUCUGGUGGAGAGGGUGCUAUUAUUGGUGCUGCUGGAUCAGUAAUUGGAGUAGGAUCAGGUAAGAUGUGCACAGCACAGUUCGAUCCGAGUGAUAUUAAAUCUGUUGACCCCAUCCACUUUCUGAUAAAGGAAUCGAGUGUUUGGAAGUCAAGUUGCCCUGGAUCGAAUAUUACAGCUACUAAUAAAAUGGAUAUCUUUAGGUGGCUGGUACCAGGAGUGCUACAAUCAUUUUAGUCCUAGUGGUAAAGUAGGUCUAUUGCACCCCGAAUGGACAGAGACACUGUAGAAAAAAGCUGUUCUUAUAACUAAAGGAUUAUGUCUAUGAGGAAUUUAAUGGCAAUUUCCUAGGCUUCCUACCUGUAGGUAUAAAAUAGUAAUUUUAAAAACAUCUAAACCUCUCUUUUAGACAUUGGUGGGAGCAUACGAAUGCCAUCUUUCUUCAACGGCAUAUUUGGACACAAACCAAGCCCAGAAAUUGUGCCCAAUUCUGGCCAGUUUCCUGAUGCCACUGGUAACAGACAACAAUUCCUAUGCACUGGACCAAUGUGUCGCUACGCACAAGACCUGAAACCUCUCCUUAGGGUAUGUACUCUAUUAAUGGAUGUACUGCAUGGUUAAGUUAUUGGGGGUGUAGCUUCCUUAAAUCCAUGUGACCAAUGGCCACUCAGAAAUGAGAAGGUACCUGGGCAGAGUUAGCUUAUGCAAGGACUUCUGGGAUUGCUACUGGGGACUUUGGUCAGCUAUUGGCCAAUUUUUGUCCGGGGGGGGGGAGACUCCGCAUAUGAAAGGGGUGGGGAUGCUUGUCGGAAAUUUUGAAAUAAACCCCUAAAGGAGACCAAUCUAGGCGUGGCCCAAGCUUUUUUUGAUCCCUGAAAGAGACCAUGUUAAAACACAAACAAAUGAGAAAACUUGGAUUAUAUGAAGGGAGUAAAUAAAACAAAUUAAAUAUAUACAUAUCAAAUAUAUAUUUUUAUAUUUUUUCACGUGCAACCCUAAAUGAGACCUUCACUGCUAAAUAUGAUGGCGUUUUGCCCAGAACACCCUAAAUGAGACCAAAAUCCCAAAUUUACACCCCUAAGCGAGACAAUGAGCAUGCCCACCACUUUCAUAUGCGGAGUCUCCCCACACACCCCGGGAUUUUUCUCCCAGAAGUCUUUGUCAAAGUUAAUUGGCCUUGUUUCCUUCUUGUUUUUUCUCUCCUUCUAAGUUGCUUCCACCGCCAUCUCUAAGUUGCUAGAUUCCAAAUGAACUCACAAGCAUGUUGCUUUUAAAAAUUUUAUUGUGCUCAAAUAAAUGUUUGAUAUGAUGAUGAUGAUGAUGAUGAUGAUGAUGAUGAUGUUAGUUCCAGUAAAUUAUGCUGUGUGUCACCUCUUCAUUUAGGUUAUGGCAGGAGAGAAUGCAAGUUCACUGAGCCUUGACAUUCCUGUUGAUGUUACCAAGCUAAGGUUUUACACUAUGGAGGAUUGUGGAGGACACUUCCUGGUGUCAAAUGUCGACCCUGAACUCAAACAAGCUCAGCAACACGUCUGUCAGCAACUUGAAGAGAAACUUGGAGUCAGGGUGGAAGCCAUUAAAAUUGAAAAGCUUGCCUCUUCUCUUGAGAUCUGGACCUCUAUGAUGUCAUCUGCUGCUCAAAAGUCAUUCUGUUUCUACAUGGGUAACCAAGAAGCUGAGAUUAAUCCAUUCUGGGAGCUCAUAAAAUCAUGCGCACGACUCUCCAAUCAUACAAUUCCUGCUAUUGGUCUGGGUAUGCUUGAAAAAUUUGAGGCAUUGACCCCAAAGAGGGUGUCAGAGUCAUUCAUUCAGAUGGGAGAGGAAUUGCGAGAGGAGCUUGAAUCUAUUUUGGGUGAAGAUGGAGUGCUUCUGUAUCCGUCACAUCCCUCAGUGGCCUUAAACCAUAAUUUGCCUCUGUUGUUCCCCUUUAAUUUCUCUUACACUGCCAUUUUCAAUGUUCUUUAUAUGCCGGUUACCCAAUGUCCUGUUGGUUUAAGUAAGUCUGGAUUGCCACUUGGUAUCCAAGUGGUAGCAGGAAACAACAAGGAUCACUUGAGCAUCGCUGUCGCCAUGGAAAUUGAGAGGUUUUGUGGUGGGUGGAAUAGAUUGUAUAACCAAAAACAAACAGCUCUGAAGACAGAGCAGUAGAUCUAUUUAAAUCGUUAGUUGCAGGUGUGCUACAACUGUAUGUUAGCAUCAAAUAAAGCAAAAGGAACUUAACUUUCACCCUUUAAGUCCCAAGAUUGACCAAAAUCAAAUUUCUCCCAACGAUAUCAAUGCAUAAUCAAGAGAAAAAGUUAUGAGAAUUAUUCAAAUGAUCGCCAAAGGAAAGUUGCUUAGAUCUAUUGUUUAACCAACUGCCUCGCUUAAGUGGAAGGUGGGUGCCUGGGACACCCAGCGGCUUCCACUGUGGCCAGCCAGCCCCUAAACACUCAACAAAGAACUUACAGAUCCUAGCAGUACACA